CUGUGCGCGCACACGAAGCUUUGCGCAUCUGGUCGUCAUCAGCAGCCGCAGCAGCUCCUCCUGCUCAGAUGUGACUCAGAGUGGGAAGACACAGCUCCUUCUUCUCCUUCUCCUGCUCCCUUUCCUCAGAGGACUUCAGUGAUAAACUUCUCCAAAACUUAUCUCUCCCUCUCUCUCUCUCCGGCAGCAGCCGCAGGACGCGCUGGUGUUUUAUCUUGUCUUGGUUUUGGCGUUGGCGCGCGCAGCCGGAUGGAUUGUGUUUAGGGGUUUGUUGGGAGUUGGGGGGGAAAACCAGCCGCAGGCGAGGAGAAAACUUUGCUGAAGUUUGUUCAAGCCCCGCGCGGCUAAUCUGGAUGUGAACAGACCCGGGUCCCGCUCGGAAGAACCGGAGUCUCUCUCUCUCUCUCUCUCUCUCUCUCUCUCUGUUGCUGGUCUGUGGAGACGCGGCUCUGCAUGCGCGGAUCUUGUUGGCCCGCUCCUGAUUCUUCUCUUUCUUCUUCUUCGUGCCACCGAUCCUUUUUCCGCCGUUCCCCACCUGCGUCAUGACUUCCAGCUAUGCGCACGUGAUGGACAGGCAGGCGUCGAUAGCGAACCGCCUGGAGAGCCCGAUCACGUCGAACCUGGACACCCUGCAAGCCAAGAAGAACUUCUCGGUGAGCCACCUGUUGGACCUGGAGGAGGCCGGGGAAAUGGUCGGCACGCAGGCGGACGAGAGCAUCGGGGAGGCGGGGAGGAGUUUGCUGGAGUCCCCGGGGCUGACCAGCGGGAGCGACACCACCCAGCAAGAGAACACGUUUCUGGUGUGCAAAGACAUAGAAAACGCCAGGCAACCGCCACGCAGCCGCCACGUAGCCGCCACGCAGCCGCCACGUAGCCGCCACGCAGCCGCCACGCAGCCGCCACGCAGCCGCCACGUAGCCGCCACGCAGCCGCCACGUAGCCGCCACGCAGACGCCACGCAGCCGCCAAGUAGCCGCCACGCAGCCACCACGCAGACGCCACGCAGCUGA